AUGGAUAGCAGAUUAUUUGAAGCAGCUAUUGCAGGCAACAUUCAUGUAUUACAUGAAUUGCUUGAUAAAAAUCCAUUGAUCCUCGCCGAUUCUGCACUCAUUUCUCCGCAUGAGAACCUGUUGCACAUUGCUACCAAGGCAAGGCAGCUUUUUGUACGAGAAAUGAUUAAACUGCGGCCAGAAUCAAUAAGAGAAUUGAACAAAGAUGGGUUUAGGCCACUCGAUAUAGCCGUAGCUUUGGGGCACAUAGAGAUAGUGAAAGAGAUAAUGUUGAGGAGUACUGGCACGACAAAGAAAGAAGUAUGCAGUUUGAAGGGUAGAGAGGGAAGAACUGCCAUUCACUAUGCUGCUACCAACGAUAAAGUUGAGGUCAUGGAUGAACUGUUUAAUGCUUGGGCUGGAUGUAUUAGAGAUGUCACAGCUUUUGAAGAAACUGCACUUCAUUUAGCUGUAAAGAACAACAAGUUUGAAGCUUUUAAAAAUUUGAUAGAAUGGAUGAAAUUUCUUGGUUUGGAAGAGCUUGUGAAUUGUGGUGAUGAAGAUGGGAACAUAGUCCUUCACCUUGCUGUCUCUAAAAAACAAUGUGAAGUAAAAUAG